GGGCUUUGUCGCGGAAUUUGUGCAAAAUGGACAAAAUUUGCGCGCGAAAGCCGAGAUGGCACCGCAGGCGGCGUGUGUGCACGAGGGCGGCGGCGUCGAGCGCCGAGCAGCACACCACGAGCGCGAGCGGCAGCGCCGACAACGGGAGGCGGCGGGCGGCUCGACCGAGCCGGCGGCGGAGGAGGCGACGGACGUCGAGGCGGUGAGCGCCGCGGACGUCCUGGCCGGCGUGGAGGAGAGCGGCCCGAACUACGCCCUUCCGACGGCGAGGGACGGCCGGAGGGAGCGGCGGGAGCGGCUGCGGGUGGACGAGACGGCGAAGCAGGCGGGGCACACCAUCGUGGAGACGGGAACGCACGUCGAGAUCCUGGGUGAGCAAGGCUUGUGGUGGCCGGCCACCAUCGCGGGGCGGGAGGAGGACGUGGACGGCCGGCUCGUGCACGAGGUCGAAUACGACGGCUGCCAGGGCGAGCAGUACUGGCACAUGCUUGACGACGAGCAGUGGCGGCGCGCGACCGCGAUGCCGACGCCAGCCAACGGCACGAAUGCGGCGGCCUCCACCGAGGGCGAGGAGAGCGGCGGCGAGGAGGGCGGCGGCGAGGAGAGCGGCGGCGAGGAGG